GUCAGCAUGGCGCUGAGCAUGGUUCUUGUCAUUUUGAGCCUCCUUCCACUGCUGGAGGCCCAGAACCCAGAACACGCCAAUAUUACAGGAAUACCUAUUACCAACGUCACCUUGACCUGGCUCUCGGGAAAAUGGUUUUAUGUCGGAUUUGCUUCACACAACCUUGAGUUCAAGAAGGAAGCUCAAAAGAUCCAGUCAGAAUAUUUUUAUUUUACCCCAAACUUGACAGAUGACACUAUUCUGCUUCCAGAGCACCAGACCACGGAGGGCCGGUGUGUCUAUAACUCCAGCCAGUUGGGAGUCCAGAGAGAGAAUGGACCCUCUCCAAAAAAGAGUGGGAACCCAUGGGCUGGGCAGCCAGUGACUUCACCCAUGCCCUCAUGUCACCCGGGACAACGCAUCGGAGCAGUAGAAAUCAUUCCCCACCUGACAGUGCUCAAGAAACAUGGGGCCUUCAUGCUGGCCUUUUACUCAGAGGAUGAGAAGAACAAGGGACUGUCCCUUUACGCUGACAAGCCAGAUAUUGCCCCAGAGCUGAAGGAAGUAUUUCAGAAGACUGUCAAAAGUCUGGGCAUGGAUGAGUCAGAAAUCAUAUAUGCCGACUGGGAAAAGGAUGUGUGCAGUCAGGAGCAGGAACAUCUUGAUAUGAAGAAGAAGAAGAAAGAGAAGGAUCUCUAGAAAGGCCAGGCAUGGGCUCCGCUCUCUAUUCCUGGGCUGUCCCCACACCCAGCCC